CAAUUUUAAAAAAAUAAAAUAAAGACCAACUAAUACUAUCCUCCCUUUUUAAUAAUUCAUCCAUUAAAUAUGAUUAUAAAAAUAUUAAACAAAACAAAAUAAAUACAAUGACUUUUUUUUUUUACUUCUUCUCUCACGUCUCACCCUCUGUCUCUCUCCCUCCUCCUUCCCACAUUUCUGUUCUCAUUUCUCUUCUCUAAUUGUUCUUCAUAAGAAGGUUUUAUUUGGUGGUGGCCACAGAGCAUGGGCUCCCUAAUUUUGUGGUGGACUCUUAUUGUUCAAAUGCUGUCAUUUUUUUGUUGGAGCAGUGGAGCAGGACCUUUGUGUUGCUCAGACCCUCCAAUCCUUGAUCCACACAGUGGAGCAGGCCAUGUCGAGAAACUUGGUGGCCUUCCCACCUAUGUCAUCGGUUCUCCCUACUCUAAGCAUGCUGCUGUUCUUAUUUCUGAUGUAUAUGGAUAUCAAGCUCCAAACUUAAGGAAAGUGGCCGACAAAGUCGCAGCUGCUGGAUUCUUUGUGGCCGUUCCUGACUUCUUGAAGGGGGAUCCUUUUGUUCGUGCAGAUACUAAAAGGCCUAUGAGCGUUUGGAUUAAAGAUCAUAGCACGGACGAGGGAUUUGAAUUUGCCAAAGUAGUGAUUCAAGAUUUGAAAAAUAGAGGCUAUUCUGCAAUAGGUGCUGCAGGCUUUUGUUGGGGUGGUAAGUUUGUUGACAUACUUCUUUGUUUUCCAUUAUGGUCCAUGUGUAAUCCUCUUUGCAAUAAAGCGAGUUGUAGUCCACAAAAGGCCUAUUGCUGUAAAAUCUGA